CAAAGCCUUAUCUCCGCCGUGGUGAUUCAGGGGACCGUUGAAUUGGCAAAUACUCAUCGCCUCUACCGGUCUCGUAGCUUUCCUGGUCGCUCGCCUCGCCCAGCAGCAAGGAUGCACUAGUGAAAGAUGGCUCCUGCCGCUCUUACGCCAGUAACCGCCCUUCCUCCUCUCUCCCACUUCAUCUCUUCUCCCUCCCUCCACACGGCUACUCUCACUCCGCUCGUCUUCCGGAGACCCACCGCUGCCCCAUCCGCAAGGGGGAGCAGAAGGGCUGUUUCAGCGAGGAGGACGCUCCGCCCUCUGAACCCUAGGUGUUCUACAGAAGCAUUCUCUGGAGGCGAUGGAGAUGGCGUCUCGAGGGCAACGCUGCUUUGGCGGGCCGCUAAGCUACCCAUCUAUUCCGUCGCCCUUGUACCUCUCACGGUAGGUACUGCUGCAGCUUACCAUCAAACAGGCCUAUUUUUUGCAAAGCGUUAUCUUAUACUUCUGUCUGCAUCAGUUCUUGUCAUCACGUGGCUCAAUUUGAGCAAUGAUGUUUAUGAUUUUGAUACCGGGGCAGAUAGAAACAAAAAAGAAUCUGUUGUCAACAUACUUGGCAGUCGUGGAGUGACCCAGUUUGCUGCAAUUACAUCACUUGUUCUCAGCUUUAUGGGUCUUUUCUGGGCGUGUGCAGACGCAGGAAAUUUCCACUUCAUUCUGUUAGUGACAUUUGCAAUCCUUUGUGGGUAUGUUUAUCAGUGCCCCCCUUUUCGACUGAGUUACCUUGGACUGGGAGAGCCAUUAUGCUUUGCCGCAUUUGGUCCAUUUGCCACAACCUCGUUCUACUUCUCUAGCAGCAGUAAAAACCUAUCUAAUGGGAUAAACUCUCUUCCUCUAACAAGUAUGGUAUUAGCGUCAUCUUUCCUUGUUGGUUUAACUACCACACUGAUUCUUUUUUGCAGUCAUUUUCACCAGAUUGAUGAAGAUCUUACUGUGGGUAAGAUGUCCCCAUUGGUUAGAAUUGGUACGAGAGCUGGCUCCCAAGUAGUGAAAUAUGGUGUCAUUUCACUUUAUAUUCUUUUGAUGGCUUUCAGUUUAUGCAAUGUUCUUCCAUUAACCUGCCUCCUCCUCGCAGUUCUGACCAUCCCGAUGGGAAAGCUAGUUAUUGACUUUGUUGAGAAAAACCACAAUGAUAAAAUCAAGAUUUUCAUGGCAAAAUACUAUUGUGUACGAUUGCACGCUUUCUUUGGAAGUGCAUUAGCUGUUGGUUUGUUCUUGGCGAGAACUAGAAUUGUAGCAUAGCAAUCGGAGACACUUCGAAUCAAUUAUGCUUUGGAUUCUUUUACAAUUGAAGCUCAUGGAUCUCAGCUAACCGUCGCCUCAUUAGCACAUGAAAGAAGCACCAGGUUCGUGCAUUGCAAGUUCAUGGUCAGGACCUCCAAAUGAGGAAUCCAUGAAGCUGAAGCUGAAGUACUUUGAAUUGCCAGAGACCAAAAAGCAGAACUCUCAUUCCCAUCCGUUCGAUAGAUAAAUAUUUUGGCUGAAUUCCUUGGCAGCUUUAUGGUCACACUUAGAUAGUUCUUGCUGAGUGGAUCUGGUGGUAAAGAAGACACGGAUUGCAUGAACAUUUUGAUUGAAUUAGUCGAUUGCAUUUGUUUUUAUUUUUUAUUUUUUUGAGAAAAAUAAUGAUAGAUGUGGACUUAAAUUC